AUGUCGACCUCGGAAGGACAUUACACCAUGGAGUCUCAGACUGGUGCUCCCAAGAAGACUAUCUGGCAGUCGAUUCGUGAGAAUCCAAAGAUCAUCUUUAUUGCAUUCUUUGCAUCUCUCGGUGGUUUUGAAUAUGGUUACCAACAAGGUGUCCUGGGUCAAUCCCUCGUAAUGACCCGCUUCACCCAAAACUUCCCCUCAGUAGUCCAAUCGUCUUCCGCAACAGGCUGGCUCACAUCCAUCCUCCAACUCGGCGGUAUUCUCGGCUCUCUAUCAGCCGGUGUCUCUUCUGAAAUCAUUUCUCGCAAGUACACCAUGUUCAUCGCCUGCUGCUGGGUUGUUCUCGGAUCUUAUCUCUAUGUUGGUGCUACCGCUGGAAACCCUUCGCUUCUUUACGCUGGUCGAUUUUUGACUGGUGUUGGUGUUGGUCUUUUCUCCGGUGUUGGACCUCUUUACAACGCUGAGCUUUCAUCUGCUGAGAUGCGAGGAUUCCUCGUUUCUUUUUAUCAGCUUGCUACUAUCCUUGGAAUCAUGCUUUCGUUCUGGGUUGGUUAUGGAUGUAACUACAUCGGCGGAACAGGCGAUGGCCAAUCCGACCUCGCUUGGCGACUACCCUCUAUCAUUCAGGGUAUUCCCGCCGCCAUUCUCGCCGUCGGAAUCUGGUUCAUGCCCUUUUCUCCCCGCUGGCUCGUCAAGGUCAGUCGUGACGAAGAGGCCAAGUCCACACUUGCAUGGAUGCGCAAGCUUCCCGUCGACUCUGACCAAGUGCAAGUCGAAUACCUCGAAAUCAAGGCCGAAGCCGUUUUCGAACAAAAGGUUUUCGCCCGCGAUUUCCCUCAUCUUGCUGAGAAGGGCAAGAGCAAAUUCCGUCAGGAGAUUGCGCAAUAUGUUACUUGCUUCCGAUCAAUGGAUAACCUUAAGCGUGUUUGCACUGCUUGGUUGAUCAUGUUUUUCCAGCAGUGGUCCGGUAUCGACGCUAUUAUCUACUACGCUUCCAAUGUUUUUAUCAGCCUGGGUCUUACUGGUGGAACUAUUGCUCUGCUUGCUACUGGUGUUACUGGUGUUGUUUUCCUCGUUAGCACUAUCCCUGCUAUGUUCAUCAUCGAUCGUGUUGGUCGAAAGCCUAUGCUUCAGGUUGGAUCUAUUGUCAUGGGUGCCAGUAUGGUUACUGUUGGUAUCAUCGUCGCCAAGUUCCGCCACGACUGGCCUUCUCACGUCGCCGCUGGUUGGACUGCCGUUGCUCUGAUCUGGGUUUACAUCGCUGGUUUCGGUGCCACAUGGGGUCCCGUCUCUUGGACUCUCAUCUCCGAGAUCUUCCCCCUCUCCAUCCGCGCCAAGGGUGCAUCCAUCGGAGCCUCUAGCAACUGGGUCAACAACUUCGCCAUCGCUUUCUUCGUUCCUCCCAUGCUUGAGGCCUGGGAGUGGGGAACCUACAUCUUCUUCGCUGUUUUCCUGUUCGUUGGUAUUCUCUGGGUCUGGUUCUAUCUUCCCGAGACCAAGAAUGCUUCUCUUGAGGAGAUGGACCGUGUUUUCAAGAGCCGUGCUGGUGAGCAGGAUGCUAUUCUGCUUCAGGAAGCUCAGGCUGAGGUUGGUUUGAUGGCUGCUGCUUCUGGACGAAAGUCUAUGGAGAAGGGUGGUGAGAAGCACGUUGAGGAGUUGUAA